AUGGCCACAAGCAACAGUUGCGGGUACUCCCAGGCUCAGCUAUACCACUAUCAUUGCCGUUACCAUCAUGUCAAUCUCAGUCACUCUCUACUUUUCAAAACUAAGCCAUUUAUAUCAUCUGCUGCUGCUACUACUACUUGUAGUAGUGCAAUUACAACGGAUAAUGGAUCAUCACUCCAUACACAAUCGCCAUUAUUGCCGUCUGCAUCCCGUGUAUUGGUUAAAAACUACCACUGCUGCAGGAGCAAUAGCAGUAUCAAUUCCAACAGCUAUAAGUACAGCAGGUUCGUAGUCAAAGCCACUCAAACCAAUUCGUCAUCCUCAGGCAGCGAACAAGAAGAAGAACAAGAAGAUGAGUAUGAAGAGUAUGAGGUGGAAAUAGAGCAGCCUUUUGGAUUGAAAUUCGCCAAAGGUAGAGACGGAGCUACCUAUAUAGACGCCAUCGCCCCUGGCUUCUCUGCGGAUAAAACAGGCAAGUUCAGUGUAGGGGACAAAGUCAUCGCCACCAGUGCAGUGUUUGGCACUGAAAUCUGGCCGGCUGCCGAGUAUGGAAGAACUAUGUACACCAUCCGUCAGAGGAUAGGCCCUCUUUACAUGAAAAUGGAGAAACGCUUUGGUAAGCUUGAUUUUUCUGGUGAGAUGACAGAGAAGGAGAUUAUCCGUGCAGAAAGGAACGCUGGUUUUAUCAGCAACCGUGUCAGAGAGAUUCAACUCCAAAAUUACCAGAGGAAGAUGGAGCAGAAAGAUCGUAGGGAAAAAGACCUCCGUGAAGGCCUCCAACUUUACAAGAACGGGAAAUAUGAGGAAGCACGCGAGAAGUUUGAAUCUGUUUUAGGAUCUGGACCUACUCCAGAUGAAGCGUCAGUGGCAAGUUACAAUGUUGCUUGUUGUUAUUCUAACCUUAAUCAGAUACAAGCUGGUCUAUCUGCACUUGAAGAUGCUCUGGAAUCAGGAUAUGAAGAUUUCAAGAGAAUUGGGACUGAUCCAGAUCUGGCAAACCUCAGGACAACCGAUGAGUUUGAAACCUUAAUGAAAAGGUUCGAUGAAUCAUUCAUCAACGAGAAUGCAAUCAAUGCCAUUAAAUCUCUCUUUGGAAUAUUUAACAAGAAGUAGAACAACCAUUUAAAGCAAUACUUUUCAAUGCAGCUAUUAGGCUUGCACUGUUUGAUCAAACAUGUUCCAUAUACAAAAGUUAUUUUCCUCCC